AUUUAUUUAAUUAAGUUAUAAAACCACAUCCAAUAAUGUCGGAAUCAUCUGGAUUUGCAAAAAGAAGCAUCAAAAAUAAGUUUGCACGUAAAAGAAAGCAGUCAUCAGACGAAGAAAAGCAAGAUAGCUCAGAAAAUGACGAAAAAACAUCCAGCUCAGUUGUAAGACCUGAUAAAAAGAGGUAUAAUCCCAAUUUUCAUUCAUCUACUGUCAGUAAAAAGGAAGCUAAGAAGCAAAAGGGUAGUGACAGUGAAUCAAAUAAAGAAUCAGACGAAGAAAUUGUCGUAAAAUACAAGUCUAAGAGAUUAGCAGAAUCGGAUGGACCUAGAGACCAAGGAGCUACUGCUGAAGUUAUUUUUGAAACAUCCGUUGACAGAGAUGCAACAGCUUUAUUUAAGAAAAGUAUUGAGAUCAAUAAAGAGCUAGAAGGAAAGGCAGACGACAAGAUUUAUCGAGGCAUGAACAAUUAUACUCAAUUUUAUAAGAAAAAGGACACAGCAGCAGGAAAUGCAGGCUCAGGAAUCAAUAGUGUUGGUCCAAUGAGAGCUCCAACGAAUCUCCGAAGUACUGUAAGAUGGGAUUAUCAGCCAGACAUUUGUAAAGAUUAUAAAGAAACUGGAUUUUGUGGAUUUGGUGACAGCUGUAAAUUCUUGCAUGACCGAAGUGAUUUUAAGUAUGGAUGGCAACUAGAACUCGAGGAACGAGCAAAGAACAGCAGGACUCAUGAAUGUGAUUCUGAUGACGAUGAUAAAAAGUACGAAAUACACAGCGAUGAAGAUGAUUUACCGUUCAAGUGCCUCAUAUGCAGGAAGAGCUUUGAGAAUCCAAUCAUGACUAAAUGCAAUCAUUAUUUCUGUGAGAAAUGUGCACUAGAAAGGUUCAAAAAGACAACAAGAUGCUUUGUAUGUUCAGCACAGACAAGUGGAGUUUUUAAUCCAGCGAGGAAGCUUAUGGAUCGGCUCAAAAUGGUCAACGAGAGUGAUUCUGAGGAUGAACAUGUAGAAAAUGAUCAACAAGAAGUAGUGGAACUUUCAGAUUAAUUCAUAUCCAAAAUAACGGACUUUUAAUUUUUAAACAGAUUUUCAUCAAGAGGUGACAUAACCUGCAA